AUGUGGCCACUUAGUAGCAUUAUUCACUACCAAAUGCAAAAUGAGAAUAUUCCUCAAAGUUUCACACUUGAAAAUUUCACUUGGAGUGAUGACGAUGUUGUUGGGUGUUGUCUUGUUUAUCCAGCUUCGAGACUUGAGAAUAAAAUGCCAUACGUUUUCUACACUCAAAAUGGAAAGCAAAUUUGUAAGGAAUUGAGAAAAAUAAUUUAUUGGUGUUAACUAAAUUCUAUGGGAGUUUGGGGACCAUUUGGCUACAUAUGUUAGGUAAAGGUAGGUUGGUAAGGAACUAAUGGUUGGUAAGGAACUAAUUUUUAAUUGCAUUUCAAUAUCUCGCUAUAACGGGAAGGUAAUCAGGAGAGGGAAAGAGGGAAAUAUUUUAAAGGGAAAAUUUGAACGUGUGGUAGGUACUACAGUAGGAAGGGGAGUAUAUCUUUUCAACCUUUCACUAGAGGGUUUC